AUGUUGCUUCUGCCAUGGUCCUCACAUUCCAGCAACCGAUGGUCAUCUGUCACGUGGGGGCUACCAUGGGGCCCAUCGGCCUUUGGGCUUCUCGCUGGCUUUGACCCAAGAGUGUCAUUGCAGCCCCAGCAGUGACACCCCCAGCUAGUGUUGUAUCAUUGUCCGCAUUUCCAGUUUCUGUAACAAAUUGUUUUUUAUGGGGUGGGGUUGUUAACCCUAUGCCCAACCCCCACCUGGAGGACCAGGGAGUCACUCUUUGUCUGGUCUCUACCCUUCGACCUGUUCGGCAUGGGUGGCCCUACCAGGAGUACAAGACUCCAGCCGACAUAGCUCUAGGAGUCAUUGAGACACACAAACCGCUCCACCAUGAUAAGGUGGUGACCCCAUUCGGAUUGGGUUGGUUUUUGUGGAGGGAGGAAAACUGGAGAACCCAGAGAAAAACCCUUGGAGCAAGGCAAGAAAAAAUAACAAAUUCAACCCACUUAUGGCACUGGGCCAGAAUCGAACCUGGGCUACAUUGGUGGGAGGAGAGCCCUGUCACCAAAGCACCAUCCCAGCUCCCCUAAUAGGAUGGUGCACUGGAAAUGCUCACUUAUGCUUAUUUUACAAACUAAGGAUGAUAAUUACCGACAGAAUUACCUUGUGAAUUCUGAACAUGGGCGAAAGUAGCCCAUAUUGAUGUGCACUACAGAGCACAAUGCAAUCAAGAGUAUUGCUACUCCCCUGGUUAGCCCUGAACAAUAUUUUGUCAGAUUGCCCUCAGGAGUGUCUAAUUUACAGUUUUUGAGUACUAGUUAAUACUCCUGGGGUGGACUAGAAAGGAACUGUACAUGUUAGAGUAAAACUCAUGUCCCACACCAUAGUGACAACACAGUGAUCCAGAUUUUACUUUAUUUUAUUUGGCCACUCAUGUUGUACUUACUUUUUAUUUUGUUGAUCCUGCUAGAUAAAAAAGCACAAAAUUGAUGAUAGCUAAGUGGAGAUGUAGCUAAUAUUUCAUUGUGAAAGUCACUAAACAGUAAAUGUGAAUAAUUAUCCAUUGAUUAUAAAAAUUUACUGUGUACCACAUGUAAGUUUCAUUUUUUUUUUACUGGCUCCUGUAAAUACAUGUAUAUAUAAUUAUAGUAACUCUAUGAAGAGGGCUACAGUGUUGGGAACACAUUGGCCCUCUUAUCUUUAUCCAUUGAAUGAGUGGCUGAAGGUGAUGCCAUAUGGAAUCAUUGUGGUUUUACUUACAGCUACACCAGAGAUGACAGAUGUAUUUCAGAGGCUGUGUCACAUGAAGCCUGGAUCUGGGAUAGGCAUGCUUGGACUAGGAAGUGUUUUGCUUCAUCAGAAAGAGUUUUUGAUGGCAAGGGCAUUGUUACAAAAAGGUCUACAGGCUUUCAGUGACUGUCCUUUUGGAUGGCUGUCAUUCUGUCAAUCACAGCUCAGUCUUCAUGACUAUCAAGGAGCUGUAAAAAGUGCAAAGAAAGGUCUUGACUGUAUAAACUCAUCCACACCUGAUAACAGACAGAAACUGCAGAGAAUGUUGAGCUUAGCCAAAGCAGAGGCUCUUCAAAAACAGGGCCCAGCAACUGCAACAAUGGCAAGAGACAUUUAUGAGAAGUUGUUGUCAGAUGUCACAGCUGAAGAGGAGGUGGAUACUCUAACUGGACUUGGUCAAACAUUGCUUACUCUUGGCGAUAUUACACAGGCAACACAGAUUUGUGCCAAAGCUUUGAGCAUUGAUAAGAGUUAUCCCUCAGCUCUGGCUUUGCAGGGUCAAAUCAGCUUUCGGGAAGGGUAUUUUGAUGAUGCAGAAUUGAGGUUUUUGGAAGCAAUAGAGAGGAAUAAGGACUGUGCCUUUUAUUAUUUUCUUCUUGGCAAGUUGUACUGGGAAAUGAAUGGAAAUCUUAGAGCUGACAAGAAAAAGUGCCUUGCUCAGUUUUUAAAGGCGGCCAAGUUGGAUCCAUACUACUCCCCAUCAUUUCUGUAUUUAGGACACUACCAUCUCAAAGUGCUAAAAGAUGUAAGCAAAGCCAGCCGCUGCUAUCAGAAAGCAUUUGAUCUUGAUCCAAAUUCUAAUGCUGCUGGAAUAGCAUUAGGAGAUUCUCUAAUGGAAUUGGAAGAUGAGGUUGCUGCACUCAACUUGUACAAGAAUGUAACAGCAAUGUACUCCCCUGGAGAAGGUAAAUGGGCAUGGUUGCGACUUGGAUUGUUUCACUUAAAACACAAUGAGAGCAUGGAAGCUAUCACGUGCUUUCAGAGUGCCUUAAGAGCAGAUCUUAAAGACAGGCAUUGCUGGGAAUGUCUUGGUGAAGCAUACAUCAGUCGAGGAAGCUACAUGGCUGCUAUGAAGGCCUUUGCAAAAGCUGCUGAGGUCCAUAUUUUAGUCCGCUAGUUGUAUUUUGCCUCUUGUUUGCAAAUAGAUAUCCUAAUCAAAUAUGCGGGCACAGUGUUAAGUAAAUGUUUGAUCAAUGUCCCGCCUGUACAUCCCUGAGAGUGCAUGGAACUUGUGGUUUUAACAAGAAAGGUCUCUAUGUAUUAUGAUUUCAUUCCGUUCAUCUGUCCUAAAGUGAAUAUAGCAUGCUCAUAGAUUGGGAUAACACUUACAAGGCU